UAGGAGCUACUCUCCAUCACUUCUUCCUCGCAUUCUGAGUUAGCCUUUGUGCUCAAACCUUAAUUAAGUGCUAGAGGUAUCAAUUAAUAUGGCGACUACUGUUGCUGGUACAUCUAAGAUGGCCAUUUUAGCCGCACUUACCUUGCUGCUCCUAGCCACGGAGUGCCGAGCCAGCCCUUACUACCCUCUGGAGCUGGGGUACUACAACGACAAGUGCCCCCAUGCCGAGGCCAUCGUCAAGGGCGUCGUCGAGAAGGCCAUCUACCAGAACCCAGGCCUCGGCGCUGCCGCCAUCCGAUUCCUCUUCCACGACUGCUUCGUCGAGGGUUGUGAUGCUUCGAUCCUUCUGGACCCGACCCCGUUUAGCCCGACUCCGGAGAAGCUCAGCGCACCCAACAACCCGAGCCUGCGCGGCUUCGAGCUGUUCGACGCCAUCAAGGACGCCGUCGAGGCUGCCUGCCCCGGUGUCGUCUCUUGCGCUGACAUCAUCGCCUUUACGGCCCGCGACGCGUCUUACUUCCACAGUAAGGGCAAGGUCUACUUCGACAUGCCGGCGGGCCGCCGCGACGGCACCUUCUCCAACGCCUCCGAGCCACUCAAAUUCCUGGCCCCGUCGACGUCCAACCUCAGCGAUCUCAUCUCCAGCUUCGCAGACAAGGGGCUGUCAGUGGAGGAUCUGGUCGUCCUCUCCGGCGCACACACUAUCGGGCAGUCGCACUGCUCGGCCUUCGUACCCGACCGCCUCCAGUCCCCCUCCGACAUCAACGGCGGGUUCGCCGGGUUCUUGAGAGGCCGAUGCCCGGCCAACCCGACGGACAACGACGACGACCCGACGGCCAUGCAGGACGUGGUGACGCCUAACGAGCUGGACAACCAGUAUUACAAGAACGUGCUGUCGCACACAGUGCUGUUCACCUCGGACGCCGCUCUCCUGACGUCGCCGGAGACGGCGAAGAUGGUGGAGGACAACGCUAACAUCCCCGGGUGGUGGGAGGACAGGUUCAAGAAGGCCAUGGUGAAGAUGGCUAGCAUCGAGGUGAAGACCGGGUACCAGGGUCAGAUCAGGAAGAACUGCCGGGCGAUCAACUACUACUAGCUGUCCGCUGCAUCCAUGCAGGGUGAAGAAUUAAUAAUCUUCAAGAAAACUGCAAGGUGCGCGAUUGUUGAAGAACUGAAGGAUCACUCGGUUGUUUGUUUGAUGAUUUCAUCCGUAAUUCGCAAGCGUUCUGUUGUUGUAAUUUGCUACAUUUUAGUUUCAUUUGUCUUUAUUAUGUCAUU